AUGACGAUUCCUGAUUCGGGAUUCGUGAUUGCUAAUGGAGCGAGUUGCUUGCCGCUUCCCCCGGACGAAGAGAGUCGGAUUAUUAGAGAGCUUGCUAACCCAUCUGAGAAUAAUUUGAAGGAAGGCAAUUUGUACUACGUUAUUUCAAAUAGAUGGUUUUCAAGCUGGCAGAGAUAUACGAAGCAAGGCGUGGCUGAAUCUUUGGUUGAUGAGCAGUCUUCUGGAUCUCAAAAUAUGGAUGUUAUUACUUUAAAGAGUGCAAAUAGACCCGGGCAGAUUGAUAAUUCUGAUAUAGUUCUAAAUAACAAAGAUAGUGAUGGUGAUGAACUAGAGCUUCGUAGAAUGUUGGAGGAAGGACGUGACUAUGUUCUAGUUUCCCAUCAAGUUUGGGAAAGACUAUUGUCUUGGUACAAAGGAGGACCAGCAUUACCAAGAAAAUUGAUAUCUCAGGGUACUUUUCACAAGAAUUUUCUUGUAGAGGUUUACCCGCUUUGUCUUAAGUUGAUUGAUUCUAGGGACCAAAACCAAUCAGUAUCAGUAUUAAGAUUAAGCAAAAAGGUAAUUUUUUUUAGUGAUUUUCACUCAACUAUAAUCAUUAAUCACUAGUGCUUCCAGUGAUUUUUUUUCCUAAUGUCCGA